CUCCCCUCAGUUUUAGAACCAAAAAUACCCUUUUUUUUAUCAAAACUAUCCAUUUUAGGACCAACCCCACCCAUUUUCGGACCAAAAACACCCCUCAUUUUAGGACCGAAAAUACCCAUUUUUUUGACCAAAAGUGUCCAUUUUAGGACCAAACCUACCCCUCAUUUUAGGGCUAAAAAUACCCAUUUUUUGGUCCAUUUUAGGACCAAAACCACCUGUUUUAGGCCCAAAACCCCCCAUUUAUGGGGAAUCUCCAUUUUUUUGUUGGAAUUCCCGCCUCCCUCUGACUGUUUUUCCCUCUUUUUCCCCCCUUUUUCCCCCCUGCAGGCCCAGCCAUGCCCCCCCCCUCGCUGCUCCCGCUGCCCCAACCCCUCGUCCCUGCUGCGCUCCCGCUCCCUCCUCCCCUUCUGCCGCCGCUGCUUCGUCGCCGCCUUCGAGGCCGAGACCCUCCGUGCCCUGCUCGGGGACCCCUCGGGAACCCCCAAACCGGGGCAGGGGGUGGCCGUGGCGGCCUCGGGGGGCAAAGAUUCCACCGUGCUGGCCCACGUUCUGUCCCGGUUGGAUCGGUGCCACAAUUUGGGGCUGAGGUUGGCGCUGCUGGCCGUGGACGAGGGCAUCGCCGGCUACCGAGAGCCCUCCCUGGUGGCCCUCAGGGAGGUGGCCCUGGCCCUGCCCCUGCCCCUGCUCGUGGUGGAGCACUGGGAGCUCUUCGGGCUCACCGUGGACCAGGCGGGGCCGGCGCUGGGCGGGAGGAGCCGCUGCACCCUCUGCGGGGUCCUCAGGAGGAGGGCAAUGGAGAGGGGGGCCGGGGAGAUGGGGGCUGACUGGAUAGUGACUGGUCACAAUGCUGACGACGUGGCCGAGACGGUUCUGAUGAACUUCCUGCGCGGGGACGUGGCCCGGCUGCGGCGUGCAGCCAACGAGGCCACCGGGGCCACCAACGAGACCACCGUGGCCACCAGUGAGUUCUCCAGGGCCACCAACGAGGCCACUGGGGCCAACAAAGCCACUAGGGCCACCAACGAGGCCACUGGGGCCAAUGAGGCCACCACGGCCACCAGCGAGGCCACUGGUGCCACCAACAAGGCCACUGAGGCCAAUGAGGCCACUGGGACCACCAAGAAGGAACCCAACAGAAACCUAACGAAAACCAAUGACAACUCAUCGGAACCCAACGGAAACCCAAUGGAACCCAACGGCAACUCACCAGAACCCAAUGACAAGUCAUCAGAACCCAACAGAAACCCCACAAAAUUCGACAGAAACUCAAUGCAACCCAAGGACAAUUCAUCAGAACUCAAGGGAAACCUAAGAAACAGCAAUGGAAACCCAACGAAAUUCAACAGGAACCCAAGGAAACGCAUUCAGACCCCCCCCCGACCCAAUGCCGCCCCCCCGGUGGUGCCACGGCUGAAGCCGCUGCGUCAUGCAGCGCAGAGGGAGAUCGUGCUCUACGCCCACUUCCUGGGGCUCUCCUACGCCAGCUCCGAGUGCCACCAUGCGCCCUUGGCCUUCCGGGGACACCCCCGCGCCCUCCUCAAGGACCUGGAGGCCACCCGGCCGGCGACUGUGGCCGCGUUGGCCCACUCAGGGCGUCGGCUGGCCCUGGGGGCGGCGCCAGGCACGGGGGAGCCACCAGGGGCUUGCGGGCGCUGCGGGUCAGUGGCCAGCGGUGACCUAUGCAUGGCCUGCGCCCUCCUGGCCGCCCUGGACAAAGGGAGGCCGCAGUUGGCGUUGGGCAAGCGCGGGGUCAGGGUGGCUACCGGGGCGGACGGGCAAUGGGAGGGUGAGGGGGGAGAGCGGGGUGGCCACUGGGAUGGGCCCUGUGGUGGCCACGGGGUUGGGGGACCUGAAGAUGGGAGUGGUGGCCACUGGGAUGGGCCUCGUGGUGGCCACAGGGUUGGGGGGCCCGGAGAUGGGAGUGCUGGCCAUCGAGAGGGGGGUGAUGGCCACUGGGAUGAGAGCGGUGGCCACAGGGUUGAGGGCGCUAGAAAUGGUGUUGGUGGCCACCAGGAGGGGGGUGGUGGCCACCAGGAGGGGGGUCGUGGCCAGGGGGCUACUGGCUGUGAGGGUGGUGGCUGCGGGGGCAGUUCUGGUGUCCACGGGGGCUGUGGCUGCAGGGCUGAUGGCCCCAGGGCUGGUAGUCAAGCUGGUGGCCACGGGGGCAAUUCUGGUGGUCAUGGGGACAGUUUUGGUUGCCACGGGGGCUGUGGCCACGGGACCGCUUUUGGUGGCCACGGGGCUGGUUCUGGUGGCCCCCUGGGCCGGGAAGUACAGGUCGAGGUGGUUUCGCGGGGAGGUCACUCUGAGCGGCGCUACCUGAGAGGCUUCGGGCACGUCCGGGGGGGCCUUGACAUCUGGGACUUCUGAGGGGGGUCAUGGGGGCAGUUUGGGGGUCCCUGGGGCAGUUUUAGGGGUCCCAGGGGCAGUUUAGGGGUCCCUGGGGGGCAGUUUAGGGGUCCCUCAGUGCGUAUUUUGGGUCCCUGGCAUCAGUUUGGGGGUCCGUGGGUUAGUUUUUGGGGUCCCUGGGGCAGUUUUGGAGGUCCCAGGGUCAGUCUGGGGGACUGUGGGGGCAGUUUGGAGGUCCCUGGGGUAGUUUGGGGGUCCGUGGGUUAGUUUUGGGGGUCCCGGGGGCAGUUUUGGAGGUCCCAGGGGCAGUCAGAGGGUCCCUUGGGCAGUUUUGGGGGUCCUGGAGUCACUUUGGGGGACUCUGGGGGGCAAUUUUGGGUCCCCAGGGUCAGUUGGGGGGGGCCUGGAUCUCUUUUUGGGGGUGUGUCCAUGCAAAUGAGGAUCUGCUUUUGGGACAUGUCCAUGCAAAGGAGGGGUCGCUUUUGGGGGCGUGUUCAUGCAAAUGAUGCCCAACGAUCACAAAACAAAUUAUGCAAAUGAG